AUACUUUGAUCGUCAACCAUAUGCUAAUGUUGAUGCUCUACACGUAACUCGCUUUCUGGGCUUAGCUCCUGUUGGAAACAAAGAUAAACAGAAAUUUAUUCAUGCAAUAUCCCCCACUCCGGCAUCAACAAUGUCGAAAACUGAACUUAGUGCAAAGCCACCAAACACUACUUUAUCUCCAUAUACCAUUGUUGGCAAAGCAGCCCCACAUGAUGGAGCAACGAAGAGGCCCGGUGAUAGUACGCCUGAGUCACAGUAUUGGAGAUAUGAUGUAUCUCAGAAAAGGCAGAAACAUGGAGAUGGUAAUGGUGACAGACUCUGCUUUAAAUUUGUCUCUUCUGGCUCUUGUCCAAGAGAGAAGUGCCACUUUAGGCAUGAUGAAGAAGCUAUGCAGCAGUACUCAAGUGGUGUGUGUUUUGACUUUCUCAACAAGGGAAAAUGUGAAAGAGGUCCUGAUUGCAACUUCAAGCACAGUUUGCAGGAAGAAGGUGGCAGAUCAGCGUCUGGUGCAGCAAGCUCUAACAGAUCUAGAGAAUGUUGGUUUUGUUUGUCAAGCCCGAAUGUUGAGUCACAUCUCAUCACUAGUGUUGGAGAAUAUUACUACUGUGCACUUGCUAAAGGACCUUUAUUACCAGAUCAUUCACUGAUUAUGCCCAUUGAACAUACGCCCAAUACAUUAUCUCUUCCACAAGAAUGUGAAAAGGAAUUGGAACAUCUUCAAAACAGCUUCAGAGCUUACUUCAAAAAGCAAGGGAAGGAAGCAAUUUUUUUCGAGUGGGUAUUUAAACGAGGAAGUCAUGCCAAUCUUCAGGU